AUGGACAGCGACAUGAUGGAUGAGCCAGUUGCCCCAAUAUUACCCGAAAGCAGAAUUCCCGAACCAUACAAUGGGACAAAUUCACUUUUUGAAGAAGAGGCGUUCUUAUCACCGGGGACUUUCUCUAGUGCGGAUGAGUACGCUGCCAAUCCGCGCUUCCUCGAGUUACAAGAAGAACUACGAUGUGUACUUUUCAGCGCAGUAGCAAGCCUCGAGCCAAGCAGCUACACAUCCCCUGUUGCAUCAGAACCAUUAGAAGGCCCUGCGUCAAGGGCAUCUCGUCAGAGCCUAGAUUUCACACGGGUCUCAAUCCCCAAAAUUCGUCUAAUUUUUUAUCUUAAAAACUGGAUAACUGAAUGUGCUCCUUACCUUGACAAAUUUGACGAGUCGCGACAUUUUGGAGUUCACAUUCCAAUUCUCGCGCAACGGUCGCCAACUCUCUUUUAUGCUAUUCUGGCCUUUUCCGCCCGGCAGACAGAGCGGAAAGCAUGUCUCGACAAGGCCUACGACAGUUUAGAACUCUAUCAGGAGUCCAUCCGCCUUCUUGGACCGGGUCUUCAAGCGAAAGAUCCCAAUAUCUUGGUCACAGUGUGUAUUCUCGCCGUCAUGGAACUUAUGUCCGUCAGUCCGCGCGACUGGCGCCGCCAUGUUGAAGGCUGUGCGGCGCUUUUCGAGUCUUUCAACGUGAAUGGAUUGUCUGGCGGCCAUCUGCAAGCUGUGUUCUGGUGCUAUGCGCGAAUGGAAUUGUGUGGUGCGAUCAUCUCCAAUGGAGCUGAGAGUACGGUGCUCCCACUUGAAAAAUGGGUGCCGGCCAUGCCUGAGAAUGCCAGCCCCAAGGAACGGGAAAGGAUGAUCAAGGACUUGUUCUGUGAGAAGGGCUCAGUUUUACCUGACAUGCAUGCAAACUGGGCGGUAUAUUUAUGCGCAAAGACCUGCGAUCUAGCUUGUCGGCGGACAAGAUACCUUGAACUAGGCGAGAUGGUCGAUGAUUCGAGGCCAUUUGUCGAGAAAUGGACUACGUUAUGGGAUGAAUUACAGUAUUGGCUUGAUCAGCGACCCCCUGCCAUGCUACCAAUUAAGACCACAGGGAUAGGCGGGGGUCAGAUUUUUCCGGAAAUUCUAUUCGCACAUUGGGCUGCUAUCUCAGGGAACCAAUUAUACCAUGCUUCAUGUGUCAUGAUGCUGGAUAUGAAGCCCCCUGAGAAGGUUUUCUCUUUACUGAAACCGCAAUAUUCCUCUAUCUGGCACGCUCGCAGGGUUUGUGGCAUUUCGCUUACGAACCCCCACAGUGGCAAUUUGAUCAAUGCAAUUCAGCCACUUUACAUUGCGGGGAAACUUCUGAGUCAUCAUAGUGAGCAUAUUGAAGUGGCCAAGCUGUUUAAGAUUGUGGAGGAGACGACUGGUUGGGGCGCUCUUUGGCGACUAAAGGAUUUAGAACGAGCCUGGGGAUACGAGCCGGGUGAAAUAUUGUCGGCCAUUUGA